AUGGAAGAUUUUAGAGAUGAAGAAGUUGUCAUUAACUUGAAACUAUUGAAACAAUAUCGUUUUUAUCACAUGCUGAAGUUCAAUGAGACAAAGAUUUUGAACUGUAAUGUUUACCGUCUGAUAUUAUUUCUUUACGGAUCAAUUAUGACCUGUAUGGUAGUUUACGGUAGUAUAGUGUUGUUCGUCGAGAUGGAUGAUAUCAUAAGUGAGGCUGAUCUAUUUAUUGUCAUUUUCCUUACAAUCAAUUUUUUUUUCUGCGUGUGGAGGAUAUGCACUGUUUUGAGCAAAAGUAACACCAUUUGUGACUUGAUAAACGUUUCACGGUUUAAUUAUCUAACAAGUAAACAUUGUUGUAAACAUUUAAAUGUUCUAUACGACUAUCGUGAAAGAACGAUUAAGAUCACCAAUUACUUUUUUGUAUUCUCGAUGAUAGUUCUUAUGCAGUGGAUAAUAUUUCCAAUCUUGGCGAUCACGUUCAAGAAAUCUGAUUUCGAAAAUAUUCGCUCAGAAAACGUUAUGAACUUUCGUUUUCCUGUAUCUACACACACUUACAAUCAAUAUUUUUUUAUAUUUUACAUAAUGGAAGUAGCGAUAGUUACUUUUCCCAUUUACUUAAUAAUCGUAAUGGAUACAUUAGUAUUGUCUUUCUGUUGCGUUAUAAUUGCUCAACAGGAAGUCUUAAGUCUAGCUUUCAGAAACAUCGGACACGAAGAAAACUCACAAUUGGAAUAUUAUGAAGAUUUUAAAUCAGUUCUGGGUGAUCAAAUUCAACUUAAUCUGAAAAUUAAAUCAUAUUAUUCACUAAUGAGGAAUAUUAUUUUAGUACAAGUUGCGAUGUCUUCAACAUUUUUCAUAAUGGUGGCAUAUGUGUUGAUCGUGGUUUGCUUUUCAAAGGAUUCAAAUCAAAUUCUUACUAUUAUCAAACUCGGUUCAUCAGUCAUCUUUAUUGGUUCAGAGAUUUUUUUAUAUUGUUAUUUAUUUGGCAGCAUGAAUCUUAAAAGAGAAUCUGUUAACUUUUCUCUAUAUUCUUGUGAUUGGACGAAAAUGGAUAACAAAUUUAAAAAGUUAUUAUUACUAACAAUGCGGAUGAAUAAUGCUAAUAAUUUGAUGAUUAAAGCUUCACCGAAAAAAGUCGUCGACUUACAAAUGUUUGCUAACGUCAUAUCGAUUGCUUACAAUGUUAUUUCUGUCAUGCUGAAAAGCAUGGAUUCAAAUAAUUAAAUUACAGAAUAAAUCUUAUAUUUAAAGUUAAAUUUAUGUAGGCAACAUUAAAAUAUCUAUAGGAACUACAGUGUAGAUUCUGCACCAUUCUAUAUAUAUAUAAGUAUUUUAUUGAAAAAUGUAGUCAUUCGAAUUCAGUUUAUUAUAAAUA